AGCAUGGCGCCCUCCGCACGGGGGACCCUCACUUCUGCGAUCUUCCUCCUGAGCUGCUGGGCGCUCCCUGAUCCCCGGCAGGUCCUGGAGCCAGGGGACGUGACCUCUUUCUUUGGCCCCGACGCUGCCUUUGAAGGCCGCCCCGCUGCCCCUCGCCUCCGGAGACGGGCUGCCGGGGAUGUCCUGAACCUGGAGCUGCUGGUGGCUGCGGGUCCCGACGUCCACCAGGCCCACGGGGAGGACACAGAGCGCUACGUGCUCACCAACCUCAACAUGGGGUCAGAGCUGCUGAGGGAUCCAUCCCUGGGGGCUCAGUUCCGAGUUCACCUGGUGAAGAUGGUCAUCCUCACCCAGCUUGAGGAUGCUCCGAAGAUCACAGCCAACAUCACCGCGUCACUGCUGAGCGUCUGUGAGUGGAGCAGGACGGUCAACCCCGAGGACGACACAGACCCUGCGCAUGCUGACCUGGUCCUGUACAUCACCAGGUUUGACCUGGAAUUGCCCGAUGGUAACCGGCAGGUUCGGGGGGUCACCCAGCUGGGGGGCGCCUGCUCCUCCUCCUGGAGCUGCCUUAUCACUGAGGAUACCGGCUUCGACCUGGGGCUCACCAUCGCCCAUGAGAUUGGGCACAGCCCGUCUGCGGGGGGGGGGUACCCCUCCGUCUCGGCUUCCCUCGCCCUCACCUCCGGUGCCCACUCCUCCAUCCCGCCCCCUCCCGGGGCCCACCCCCGGCCUGAACCGCGGCCUUGUCGCAGCGCAGGCCGGGCGCGCUGCGUGUGGGACCCUCCGGGGCCGCGGUCCGGGCCCGCGGGGCGGCCUCUGGAGGCGCAGCCCGGCCUCUACUACGGCGCGGACGAGCAGUGUCGGAUCGCCUUCGGCCCUACGGCAGUCGCUUGCACCUUCCGCGGGGAGCACCUGGACAUGUGCCAGGCUCUCUCCUGCCACACAGACCCCCUGGACCCAAGCAGCUGUAGCCGCCUACUUAUUCCUCUCCUGGACGGGACAGAGUGUGGCGUGGGGAAGUGGUGCUCCAAGGGUCACUGCCGCUCGCUGGCGGAGCUGGCCCCCGUGGGGGUGGUGCACGGGCACUGGUCAGGCUGGGGGCCCGCCAGUCCUUGCUCCCGCUCCUGCGGAGGUGGCGUGGUCACCAGGAGGCGGCGGUGCAACAACCCCAGGCCUGCCUUUGGGGGGCGCGCGUGCGUAGGUGCUGACCUCCAGGCUGAGAUGUGCAACACUCAGGCCUGUGAGAAGACCCAGCUGGAGUUCAUGUCCGAGCAGUGCGCGCAGACUGACGGCGAGCCUCUGCGCCUCUCCCCGGGGGGCAGCGCCGCCUUCUACCGCUGGGGGGCCGCGGAGCAGUACAGCGAAGGGAACGCCUUGUGCAGGCACGUGUGCCGGGCCGUCGGCGAGAGCUUCAUGGUGCGGCGUGGGGACCGUUUUCUGGACGGCACGCGCUGUGUGCCGGGCGACCCUCAGGAGGACGGGGCCCUGAGCCUGUGCGUGUCGGGCAGCUGCAGGACGUUCGGCUGUGACGGCAGGAUGGACUCCGGGCAGGUGCGGGACAGGUGCCAGGUGUGCGGCGGGGACAAUAGCACGUGCCGGCCGCAGAACGGCUCCUUCACGGCCGGCAGGGCCAGAGAGUACGUCACGUUCCUGACCGUCGCCCCCAACCUGACUAGCAUCUACGUCGUCAACCGCAGGCCCCUCUUCACACACCUGGCAGUGAGGGUGCGUGGGCGCUACGCCGUGGCCGGAAACGGCAGCAUCUCCGCCAGCACCAGCUACCCCUCCGCCCUGGAGGACAGCCGCGUGGAGUACAGGCUGAGCCUGAGUGAGGACCGGCUGCCCCGCCGGGAGGAGAUCCGCAUCCCGGGCCCCACCCGCGGCGACGUGGAGAUCCAGGUUUACAGGCGCUACGGCGAGGAGUACGGCAGCGCCGCCCGCCCGGACAUCACCUUCACCUACUUCCAGCCAGAGCAGCGGCAGGCCUGGGCGUGGGCCCCGGUGCGGGGGCCCUGCUCCGUGAGCUGCGGGGCAGGGCUGCGCCAGGUGACCUACAGCUGUCGGGACCAGGCCAGGAGCGAGUGGGUGGAGGCUGCCCGCUGUGCGGGGAGCCGGCCCCCGGCGACGUGGUCAGAGACCUGCGCACCCGAGCCCUGCCCCCCGCACUGGGCGACUGGAGACUUCGGCCCCUGCAGUGCCUCGUGUGGGGGUGGCCUGCGGGAGCGGGAGGUGCGCUGCGUGGAGGUCUGGGGCGGCCUGCUGAGGACCGUGCCCCGCUCCCGGUGCAGAGCGCUGGCCCCGCAGCCGGCGGCCGUGGACACCUGCAAUUCCCAGCCCUGCCCCCAGAGGUGAGCACGGGGUGAGGAGGACGCGUGCUCAUCAGCCUGUGGAGCAGACCUGGCCGUGCAGAACACGACGUGUAUGCUGGGGGCAGAUGGCACAGGGCUGCCGGCAACUGCUGGGCCCUGCUCCGCAGAUGAGAACCCGCCUGCCCCGGAGCCCUGUGUCGAGGUGGCAUGUCCUCCCGGCUGGGACCAGCUGGAUGUCCGGUCCCCGGGGCAGGAGGCUGCGUCCCCAUCGGGCAGCCCCAGGCUGGAGGCGCUUGCCGCACACGUGUGGACGCCCCUGGCGGGGCCGUGCUCGGCCUCCUGCGGUCAAGGCCUGGCGGAGCUGCGUUUUGUGUGCAUGGACCCUGCCCUCAGGACGCCCGUCCGGGAAGAGCUGUGUGACCUGGCCAGCAAGCCUGGGCGCCGGCGGGAGGCCUGCCAGGCUGCCCCGUGCCCGGCCAGGUGGCGGUACAAGCUGGCGGCCUGCAGCCUGAGCUGUGGGGGAGGGGUGGCGCAGAGGAUCCUGUACUGUGCCCGGGCCCACGGGGAGGACGCGGACGAGGAGACCCUGCCGGAUACCCAGUGCCAGGGGCUGCCCCGCCCGGAGCCACAGGAGGCCUGCAGCCCGGAGCCCUGCCCGCCCAGGUGGGAAGUCACGUCCCUCGGCCCGUGCUCAGCCAGCUGUGGGCUUGGCACGGCCACACGCUCGGUGGCCUGUGUGCGGCUGGAGAGUGGCAAGGACACGGAGGUGGACGGGGCGGCCUGUGCAGGUCUGGUGCGGCCGCAGGCCAGCAUCCCUUGCGUCGUCGCUGACUGUGCUUACCGGUGGCACGUCAGCGCCUGGACGCAGUGCUCUGUCUCCUGUGGGGAGGGCAUCCAGCGUCGGCAUGACGCCUGCUUAGGACCCCGGGCCCGGGUGCCUGUGCCUGCAGACUUCUGCCAGCAGCUGCCCAAGCCGCUGACCGUGCGGGGCUGCUGGGCUGGACCCUGCGCGGGGCAGGGGACGGCCAGCCCGGCACCCCACGAGGAAGCAGCCACUCCAGGUCAGACCACAGCUGCCACAGCUGCGUCCCCGGAGUGGCCCCAGCCCCAUGCCCGCCUCCUCUCCCCAGCUCAAGGACGCCUGCCUGGGCCCCAGGAAAGCCCAGUGGAGACCAGUGUCUGUGGCCGGCAGCACCUUGAGCCAACAGGAGUCAUCGACAUGCGAGGCAUGGUGCGGGCGGACUGUGUGGUGGCCAUCGGCCGGCCCCUGGGUGAAGUGGUGACCCUACGGGUCUUGCAGGGUUCUCUCAACUGCAGUGCUGGGGAGAUGCUGCUGCUUUGGGGCCGGCUCGUGUGGAGGAAGCUGUGCGGGAAGCUGGCUGGCAUGGCUUUCAGCUCCCAAGCCAAUACACUGCUGGUGAGGCAGCGUCUCAUGCAGGUUGGAGGCGGAGUGCUGCUGCGGUAUUCAAGCCAGCUUGCCCCGGGAGCCUUCCCCCGAGGAUGUGACACGCAGCUCUUCGGACCCCGGGGUGAAAUCUCGAGCCCAUUGAUGAGUCCGGGUGGGAGGAACGUGGGGGGCUGUCGCAUCUUCAUCGACGUGGCCCCGCAGGCCCGGAUUGCCAUCCAUGCCCUGACCGUGGACAGGGGCACCAGAGCCGAGGGAACUGAUGCAAGCUACAUCUUGAUCCGGGACAUCCACAGCCUGAGGACAACGGCAUUUCGUGGGCAGCAGACGCUCUACUGGGAGUCGGAGGGCAGCCAGGCAGAGAUGGAGUUUAGCCAGGGCUUCCUGGAAGCACAGGCCAGCCUUCGGGGCCAGUACUGGACCCUCCACACGAGAGCUCCUUAGCCGGCCGAUCCCCUGCCUCAGCUUCCUCUCCAAGUGCAUCGCUAAGUUGCCCAGUGGACACAGUGGAACGCUUCCUCCCAGGCCCGGUAGGGAAAGGAAGGCGCCUGACAUUGAUGAACAUCUGGCAGGUGUCCGUCCAGCCCUGGAGAGCUGACUCUGGUGUCUGAGUGCCUCCUCCAAUAGGCAGAACACUAGAGGGUGGGAGGCGGGACCCUCCCUGAAAGCCGGCUCCCAGCCCCUCGGGUACAAAUAAACGGAGCGUUCAGUCUGA